AUGGAAGAGUUUAAAGUUCCACAAUUAGCAAUGCCAUUUAACUGCAUAUUAAAUGACUGUAAAGAAUCAUUAACAAACUCUACAAUUGUAACGCAUUUCUGCUCACAACAUCGUGUAGAUUUUCAAGAAAUAGCACUUAACGAAAAGAUACUCAUGAUGGUAACAACUGAUGACAAUUUCCUUACUUAUGGACGAAAUGUAUGUCUUGGAAUUGUUGGAAUCAGAUAUAAACGUCAAGAAAUAGAAAGCAUGUCAACAUCCAGCAUACAUGACAUUGAGCACUUUCCAAAUCCAUUUCCAAUAUUAAUCAUGUGCAGACGAAGCAAUUAUCAGCAAUUAUUUGAUAGUGGCGAUCGUGAAAUUAACAAGAAUGGUGACUUCUUAGCAUUAUGGCUAUCAAUGCCUAAAGUCAACGACCACAAGUUGCACUCAAUUUUAUCAGUUUUCAAUGAAGAUUAUACGACAAGCAUAAGUAAGUCUGUGGAUGUCAAGUACAUGCCAGACAACAAUAAUCUUUUAGGAAGCAACCAUUUGAUUAUUAAUUCUGGACUUCUAGUGAAACUAUCAAGCGAUGACUCAAUUAUCCUUGAAAUUAUUCUUAAAGAAAAUUUAUUGUAA